ACCUUCUCAAAACAUUGGAAAAUAGCAUAAAUGUAAAUGCUUCGAAGCUGAAAGUUUUGGGUCAAAAGACUCGCUCGCUCUCAGUCGCCGCUCGGACGCCGGAGAGACAGGAGCUCGAGAGCAGAAACAUGUCGGCCAUUCCCAGACUCCUGCAGACUCUCAGGAGUGAGGCUGUCCUGGUGGGUCCAAGUAUCCGGGGUUUCUGCACCAAACCACCCAAGGCCCCAGAGACCAAGGCAGCACCUAAAGCUCCCAAGGCCCCAGAGACCAAAGCAGCCCCUAAAACAGCUGCUGCAGCCCAACCACCACCACCUACGCCUGCCAAACCAGCUGGCCCCACUGUUCCUACCUAUGUCUCAAGUGCUACACCCAGUGCCCCGGCUGAACCUGUUGGCCCAGGAGCAAGCAAGGCUGGAAAUUAUCCAAACACUGAGUACUAUACUUACAAUAAGAUGAGCUAUUUUGACUUGGAAGUGGAGAUGGGACCAGACAGGAUCCCACAGCCUUCAUCCGGCAGUGGUCAAUUUUGAUUAGUCUUUCAGUGUUGGGUUAUUAGUUUUAAUCCCUUUGUUUCCCAUUGAAAAAAUAAGCUCAGAGUUUAUAUGUAAAUAGUCGAAUAAAAAUAAUGUAAACCAA